AAAGGAAUUAUCAUUAUUAAAUUAACGCAGUUACCCGACUUCCACCGUCCUCGUUGAGAGCCCGCUGUAUUAGAAUACGUGUAUUGACAGUGUGUGUGCGCUAGUUGAUUUUUUGUCUAUUCUCGACGCACGUUCGCAAUAUGAAAAUGUUGCUGGUACUUUCCCUGCUUUUGGCGAUCAAAAGCGUGGAAAUGCACUCCUAUCAUCUCGGAGCUUGUCCGAACAUCGAACCGCAGCAAGAUUUCAACAUGAGAGCGAUUCUUGGGAUUUGGUACGUAAUCGAGAAAACUAGCACCGCUAGUUCGUGUAUCGUGUAUAACAUCACCGCAACGGACGAACCUGGGGAAUAUAAGGUUGAAGAAAUCAGCCAGCACUUCCUGUUGGCUUUAACGCCUCUCAAACACGGUUACCACUACACAGGUACCCUCAAAGUGCCGGACGGCGCGGUACCCGCCAAAAUGACCGUCAAAUUUCCAUUGAGCGUCGCGGGUUCCUCGUCGUUCACCGUAUUCGCGACCGAUUAUAGCAACUAUCUCGGCAUAUUCACGUGUCAGAAACUAACGUUCGCGCAUCGUCAAUCCGCCACCAUACUUUCCCGAUCUAGAACGUUGGACAAAAUGUACCAGGACAAAAUCCGUAACAAGCUCGCCUCAGCCGGUAUCGAUCCGUUCGAACUAUCGAUAAUCAGUCAAAAGGACUGCCCCAGGAAUCUAACAGCAGGCUAUAACAUCGACAUCAACGACGAAACGAUCUCUGCCAAAGCGGCUGCUGGAGUCAUCCGGAAAGCGGGUGAAAAAAUAGGCGACGGUGUGGAAUAUAUCGCUGGCAAGACCAAAGACGUGUACCACAAGAUAUCGGAUAAAGCAGAGGAAGAGUCUCAUACCGUUAGGAACAAAAUUCAAGAGGCGAAAGACAGGAUCAACCCUGACGCGGAAUGGUUACCGUGAGUCAUCGUUUUAACGAGAAUAGUAGAAGAUAAGACUGCAAUAUUGACUACAAUACUGUUGUAUAUUUAGGUUAAAUAAAUACAUAAGCUUUUAAAAACCUAUUUCAAUG